UGAUAUUAUUUUACAAGUGCAUUGCUUGUAAACAUGUGUACUGCUGAAGGUGAAGUUACAACACUGCAAAAAAUGAUCAGUAUGGCAAAACAAAAACAGGGUGAAGAAUCUUCAAGUUUUGUUGAAAAAAUUCUCCAAUUGGAAAGAGAAGGGAAGAAUCAAAAUGUCGACGCCAGAGAUAAAUCCGCGAAUGCAAUCUUUGCAGCAAAAGAUGCUCAAAAUUCUGGUGACAAAAAAGUGGAAACUUUGCAAAAAAUACUUCAGCAGCAAGGGAGCUAUGGGCGUGCUCAAAAACCAAUCAGGUUUCCUGAUGAGUCGUCUGCUAAAGAGUUGUUUAUCAGAUCAGAUGCUUCAGAGGGCUCUAUACCACUCAGUUUGAACCCUGAGUCGGAAUCAAGAAUAUCAAACCUGCAUUAUCAUAUUCUCUCUAGCGAUCAGGAACCAUUGAUCACUGGACCCGGAUCAUUACAAGGACACAACCUUGGACACGGACAGUUCCAGGGACCCAACCUUGGACAAGGACAGUUCCAGGGACCCAACCUUGGACAAGGACAGUUCCAGGGACCCAACCUUGGACAAGGACAGUUCCAGGGACCAAAUCCUGGACAAGGACAGUUCCAGGGACCUAAUCAAGGACCUGGACAGUUCCAGGGACUUGACCAGGCACCAGGACUAUUCCAGGGACCAAAUUCUGGACCUCACCAGGGACUUAACGGAAAUAGUCAAAAUCAGGGAUUUAUCCCUAAUCCCUCUUUUGGACUGGAUCCAACUCUGGGACUCAACUCUGAAAUUGGAUUAAAUCCGAACCAAGGUUUUAACUAUGAAAACGGAUUAAAUCCAAAUCAAGGAUUUAACUUUGGGAAUAGGGUUGAGCCUAAUCCUGUGUAUGAUACUGAAUUCUUCAGCUAUGAUGAAUUGAAUGUAGAGAGUGGAUCAAAACCCAUUAGACAGGUUAUUAUAAACUUAUUAAUUGUUUCACCGGGAGAAGAUUAUACAAUUCAGUUUGAACUAGAGGUUCGAGGGGUCGGAGGAGAAUAUCGACUAGGUGUAGUAGAUCGAGGACUAGGUGUUGUAGAUCAGGUUCAACCUACUCUGGGUAGGUCUGGGAGUACUUCAAACAAAACCAGAGCUGUGAGUGGUGACACUACAGCAGAGAACAAGGAGAAUGGUUUCGAAGAGCCCACUUGGAUUAGAGGUCGGAUGAUCUUUCCUGGAGAAACAUCUUUCCUGGAAAAGGUUGAACCGAAUAUUGUUGAGCUGAAACCCCGUGAAAAAAAGACAUUCGCCAUCUUU